AUUUGGUUCAAUCAAUCCAUACUUUUAUGGAUGGUGUUGGUUAUUUUUUCAUUUUGAAUAAGUUUAUACGUAAUAAUAUUCCAUUUAUUCGCGGAAAAACAAAGAGUUUAUUAAAAAAUAAAGAAUUUCUUUUUGAUACAGUGGGUAAAAUUGUCAAAAAAAGAAGAAUUGAAAUUGAGAAUACACCAUUAGAUCAACCACUUCGUCCUGAUUUUUUAACGUCACAUAUAACCACAAAUACCCCACGUGAUGUCAAUAUUAUUAACCAUAGUGAAAGGGUAGAAAUUUUUAGACCAAUGAACGAUAAAGAGAUUGUUGACAAUAUAUUUGAGGCAAUUACCGCAGGAACUGAAUCUGCGGCGAAUUUGAUUUGCUUUAUCGUAUAUUAUCUCGAACAUAAUCCUGAAGCAAAAAAACGAUUACGGCAAGAAUUCGAUGAAGUUUUUGGAGAUGACUUAACAAGACCUUUAACACCUAAAGAUCUUGAAGAAUUACAAUAUUGCGAAGCAGUUAUUAAAGAAGUAAAUCGUCAUCGUCCUAUAGGUUUUAUUAUCGGUCGCGUAAGUACUGAAAGUGAUAACGUUGGAGGAUACGAAUUUCCAGCAGGAUCUGUAUUUCACAUGCAUUUUUCCGCAAUAAUGAAAAAUAAAAAUUAUUGGACCGAUCCUGAAAAAUUCGAUCCUGGCAGAUUUUAUAAAGUUGAAGAAAGUGGAGAUAAAUAUUUACUUGAAAAGAAAAGAAUGAAAAAUACUUAUUCUAUGUUUGGAGGUGGAAUUAGAAUGUGUCCUGGAAGAAAAUUGGCAUUAACAGAAUUAAAAUGUUUAAUAACAUUAGUUUACAGAAGUUACGAUUUUGAUUUGGCGGAUAUUAAUGCACCACUUAAAUAUGAUGCUGAUUUUAUUUCCUCUUGUCGUGAAUUAAUGGUUAAGAUUAAACCAAGGAAAUUCUAA